CUGGAACAUGCAAGAUAAGGCGUGUGUUAAGGCAACAUUGUGAUUGACUUGCGCACACACAGGAGAGAGAGACACACAAUACGGACAGACAGCAGGCUGCUUGCGCGCUCAGAGCUGUGGAGUGCGCGAGCAGAGUACGCACAGGCAUCAGUGCUGCACAGCAGAGCAAAGAGACUACUUCUGGUCCAGCGCGCAGUCUUGGACUAUGUCUGGACUUCUAUUGAGAGACUUCCUUUAAACUCUUUGUUUGUUUGGAAACUAACAAAAAUGCACUCCGCUGGAGACAACUAGCUCCAGAGGUGACUCGCCGGGGCUGUGCGCGGUAGUGGGCAUCCGAGCGUCCCUCAUCAUAGUCCGGUCACUAUGAACCACAGCGGUCACCUUCUCAAGCCAUGCCUCCUCGAGUAGUUCCAGGGUGCGAGUGAGCGACGGAACAAUAGUGUUUUUAAGAAGGAAAAAGAAGAGUUGAGAAGUCAAGUGGCGCGAGCCCGUGACCCAGAGCAGAUAUCUCCCCACAGCCCCAUGCAGGAUGCCCGGGGAGCGUCGGGGAGUCCUGGUCCAACUCAGCCCGACUUCAUGACGCUCUUGGCGGCCUCGUCAUGCGUCUCCUGCCCGAGCCAAGCGCACAGUCCCUUCGGAUCAUCUUUCUCUUUAUCUUCGUGAUGGGGGUGACCCCUUCGCCGGCUCUCACAGCCGGCUGUCCGGACAGAUGUGUGUGUGACGAUCAGUUGGUGGUCCAGUGCGCGGGCCAGGACCUGACCCUGUUCCCCAACGACCUGCCCCUGGCCACGCGACAGCUCAUAUUGUCCAAUAAUCGGAUAGGAGAGCUACCUGCGCUGCAGCUCAACUACCUGUCUGACCUGGUCUACCUGGACUGCAGUAACAACUCCCUCACAGAAAUAUCCGAGUCCACUUUUGGGAACCUGCGUAAACUCGCCUACUUGGACCUGUCGUUCAACGUGCUGCUCCAAAUCGAGGACAGGACGUUUGGACCGUUGUCGUCUCUGGUGAUGUUGCGCCUCACGGACAAUCCCGGGCUCAGUGACAUCCACCCGGACGCCUUCUCGGAAAACAUGGCGUUGCAAGUGCUGGACGUGAGCAGGAACAACCUGACGGUGCUGAACAUCAGCAGUCUGAUCGCUCUGCCCGCACUGCGCUCUCUGGGGCUCAGCGGAAACCCGUGGAGGUGCGAUUGUGACACGGAGGACCUUUGCCUGUGGGUGCAGAUAGAAGGCUUCAAAUUCCAAGAUGAGGGUCAGACGAUGUGCCACAGCCCCUCGGAGCUGGUCGGGCAGCGUUUGGCAGAGGUGGGCAUGCAGCUGCGGGCAGACUGCCACCAAGGCUUGGGCUACUGGGACUACCUGUUCUUUAUCGCCAUCGGCUUCGUCAUAUUCUCCGCCGGGACCGUGUCGGCAUGGGUCAUGGGCGUGCUCAUGGUGCUGUACGAGCGCUACACCAAGAGGAAGGGAGAGACGCUGGACAGUGAUGAUGAGGGGGAGGACAGAGGAGGAAUGGGGGGCGCAGGAGGAGCAAAUACAGGGAAUGGAGAUCUGAACAAACCCAGUAUGGAGGUGUGACUGAGGGGUCUGUUCAGAGCUAAGGGGACUUACAGACUGUUUCUCUAUGGAGUGGGUAUCAGCACUUCUCAUUAUCAUAUCUCUGGAUUAAAGGGGGUUAUAUGUAGUACUGAUAUUCAGUACAAAGAGAGCAGGAGAGCACUGCUGCUGAAGUCUUCCACUGUGGCAGGUGAAGUAUUCUGGUGUGAAACUGCCCCCAUCAAGUCAACCUCAGCAUCAUUAUAGUUAAGCCUCUUUUAUAUGACAUGGUGGGUAUUAGUGGGUGGUGAUCUCAGCCAAGCAGACAACAAUCAACUGGUUUUAGCAAGUUGUAGUAGCAAAUUUUACAAAGAGUGAGACACAUUUUAUAACAUCUCAAUUUAUGUGUGCUCUAGGGUUUGUAACUUUUCUGGUGGAGGGUCUGCCUUGAAUGCCUUGAAUGUUCCACAGUGACAUGAAACUUGUCUAUUUCCAUGGAGACACACAAGUGGUGCGAGGUCAGAUCUGUGGUGAAGUAACCCCACUCACAGUAAGAAUGUUUUCCAGUGAGUUUUUGAGCAAUAAAAUGAUGUGCAUUUGAAUACAUAGUUUAAUACCAUAGUGUAGAAUAUUCCAAGCAAACUAAUACAGUAUCUCUAUAAAGACAAGUUGGUAGGGGACCCUUAACCUGAUGAGUUACAGAAUGUUCCUUUAAGUAUUUAGACCUGUAACAAAUACUGGAAAGCAAUAUGACAAUUCCUAUCCAAUUUGAAAGCUCUUACAUACAACCCCUUUAUAAUAUAUCCAUGUAUUUCCUGUAUUGCGUGUGAAUGGGAAAAGGAAACUACAAUAAGGAUGCCUUCACUUCAGGAGUAAUACAAGUUUACCGAGAGCAAUAACCUCAUGAACACCAGAAACACAUACACCAUAGACGCAUUCACAGUCCAUAGCACAGUCAGUCCACAGAGAGGGGAUCUGAGUGGGCAGGUACCUGUUUGAGUGUUUGAGAUGUGUGACUAAUACAGUUGAAAAUUUACACCUGCUAUCAGUACAGCUAGAAUGAUUUUUCUAAAUGUAAGUUGGAUUCUAAUGAAACAUGAAUGUAAAAACAACUUUUAAGUUAUAAAUCUUAUUUUAUAUUUGAUGGGAGACUGGGCAUUACCGCUGCUGUUUUAUAUUGGAAAGUGAAUCAUUUUCAUCAAGUACUGCAAAUCGGUUUACUACUGCAUCCUUGUGUACAAAAUAGCAAAUCCUUAUAAUGUUUUGGAUUUCUAUAAAGUCACAGCAAUUUAACACAGUCAAAAUCAUAUCAUCAUCUGUAGGAUAAUAACAUGCAUGGAUAUGGCUGCUUAAGAGGAAAAAAGAAAGGAAAAAUAUAUCACAAGGGACUGAAAACAUUGUGUAUUUCAGCAGAAUAAAAGAAAAAAUCACUAAACUCUGUUAAUCUGAGGUAAGAGAAUUGUAAUUUUAUUCAAAAUAAUGGGUUACCAAUGAGUGUCACUGAAAAAAAAAAUGAAUCUGAUUGCACUGUGUUUGAACCUGGCUUGAGGCAGGAGGGAGGGGUAACAGGACAGACUCCCUCUGUAUAAAAAUACAGAGAAAUAUAAUUCUUUCUAGGCAGCAAAGAUGGGCUUUCUGUCAAACAAACUAAUGCACAAACACUGACCCAUGCUUUGUCAGUGGAGAUGCCGUUCAGUUUCAAUAGUUCAAUCAAUCAAUUUCCAUUACUUGGUGAAAUGAAUCCCUAUAUUUUUGUGUCUUGUACAUGCAUUGUCUUAUAACAUUUUCUUCAGUUUUAGCCUCAAACGGGUCUGUGGGAAGUGGGGCAAGUUGAGUCAGCUGCAGUUAUGGCUAAUGAUGAUGCUUCUCUAUGGGACCAGGGGCUUGGCAUGGUUUGAGUUCAUAUUACAGUGGGCUGCUGCAGACUAAAGCCCAGCUGUCAGAGCGCUAGUCCUGCGCCUCUCUUUUACGCUCUACUCUCUCUCUCUCCAUCCGUCUGUGUGUGUGUGUGUGUGUGUGUGUGUGUGUGUGUGUGUGUGUGUGUGUGUGAAAGCCCAGUAAUUCACGGGCUCUUCUUCCUAUCCUCCAUCAUGGCUAAAAUGGACAGUUAGCGAUGAUAGACGGCAAACUGUGAACACAGGUGGGCAGGGUCACAGUGAGAUGCGUGGAUUCGUGCUGAGUGAUGUGUUUAGGAGUGGUUAUUGGAGGCCUGAUUGAUAGAGUGCAGUUUAUUCAUUUUCUAAGUGGCUUUGAAUGCAGCAGAGAAAUGGGUGAUGGGCGUGGCAGUGUGAGCACCACUGUGGACUUCCUGUGUGUUUAUGGUAAUCUAUGUUAAGUUUAUAAAGGUUACUUGUAGUGACUCUUUAGAUGAAUGCGUAAAGGGGCGAAAAUAGAAGCUUAACCUAAAGGCUAAACUAUAGUCACACAGCCACAGUGGACAGCACACUGGAAUAUGCAGUUUCACAGUGUAAAAAGUAUAGUAAAGAAAAACAGAAAUCAAUGGUUUGCAAAUGUAUUUUUGAAUUAAACUAAUCAGAGGAGAAAAAUAGUAUUUAUUUUGAUGACCUCUAUAUAUAUUUCAAACGGCUGGGAAGAAGAUUGUGAUUGAUCAAUUCAGUUUAAAAUCGGUUUGUUUAAGUAAAAUAUAAAUUAACUGAAAAAUAGUGAAUGCAUCCAAAUAUUAACAUAGUUUGGAGUUGGGAACACCUUUGAAGUCAUUGAUACAAUUUGAAUAAAUGCACAAUAGGCUAAUUUUCUUUUAAGGAUUUCACAAACACAGCCUCCAAAAAUAAGCGCGCUAUGAUUCAGCCUCAUUAGAGCUUUUCUUUUGAUAUCCUUUUCUUUGAAGAAUUUGGCUUAGAUCAAAUGAAAAUGCCAGAUUUUUGUUCAUAAUUUUUAUUAACUGAAAUUGGAGCUACAAUGAAAAGCAUUUUCUUUUCUUGUUAUCUAUAUACAGUACACAUAAACUUUUUUCUGAAUCUGGUUCAUACCCCUCCCACUAGCUCUCAAAUCUCAAGGGCAGAUCUAAAGUCAUAGCCGGACAUUAACACUCCUGUUUUGGUCUCUUAACAUCCAUCGUCCGUUGGCAGUGGUCAUUCCAGUGAUGGCAUUGGCAUUCACGCGGCUGCGCACACCUGCACCUAUAAUUUAUCUGCUAAAUCUUUAGGCUGUCAUUAUCAGAUGGUUUGUUCAAAGGCGCACAAGGAUUUCGAGAAGCUGCCAAUCCAUCUUACGUUACCACUGCUUCGGUGAAAAACAUUUGACCUACACGAGUUCAACCUCUCAACGGCCAAUCCUCAAAUACAUUGUUUCCUCUUUGGAUCAUUUCAACGGCAAGCAAGCUAUUUUCAGACACAAUUUGCUCCGCCCCAAAGUCAUUUUUUAUACAGCAGACAAAAAUAGUGCAGUUUAGCAGACACAAAACGCUCUAGGUCACAGGACGCAGGACCAGUGUGCCAAAAGUAACACUGUGUGGUUAUUUGGUGUGGUACAUUGGUGUUAACUCGCUACAGGGCACAACAAGAAGCAAAGUAAAAAUAAAGCUAAUGAUAUGUCUAUGUGGCAGCUCCUAUUGGGGUUUCUAAAAGGUGGGCCAGGUGCAAAAAGGAGCUCACAGACUUAUAAGCAGAGGCAUUGACACUUGGAUCAAAUAAAAAAUAAACAGCUUGGUUGUUUAUAUGUAUAAGAAGUAAACUUUAGAAGUAAACAUUAGCAACAAUCAAAACCUUAAGACAGUGCAUAGGUUUUCUGCUAAUGUUUUUAAUUUAGAGGCUGUCCAGUGACCUCUCUGACCUCAUCCAAGUGGACCAAAGGAAAACUCUACAACAGAUAAAGAUUGUAAUGUUCAAAUGGUCUUGCUCAAGGGUCCAUCAACAGUAUGAGAGAGAAGAAUUCAAAUAGGACUGUACAUUUAAUUGACUUGUAAUCAACAUCAAGAUUUAGUCAUUUCUAAAUGUCAGUGGUAUGCUUUAGUCUUUUUAAUCAAGAGGUCUACAGGCAGUGUCAGUAAAAGUCUGGAGUUUGGAGUUCAGACUUAAGAGAAUUUGACAAUUUUUGUGUUGUGUAUGCUAAAUAAAUAAAAAUGGUUGAUCACAAUGAGGAAAAAAUCGUGAUACUAGCGCGUCUCCUUAGCUGCUGUCCACAGUUUAAGAAUGAAGCUGUUACUGUGGUCAGAGACUUUGAUUUAACCACGUCACUUAAGAUUGCAGUGAGUGAUUAUCGUGAUGAAGAGGCCACUUCCAAACGUCUGCCAUGCUCACAAUAUCCUGAAUAUGUAGUGUGUGCGCUGUGGUUAGUUUGCUGAUUAGUGAUCAGAAGUGCCGUGUCAGCUCUCUGUCAGGCAGGCUACACAUAGAGACAACAGAGACCAAGCAAUCCUCUUCGUGUGACUUUGUGUGUCCACGUGCGUGUGUGUGGAUGUGUGUCUGACCUCAACUUGAAGGUCUAUCUCUGUAUUAUUGGUACAGAUUAAAUGUAAAUAAUGUUUGAGUUGAUUUAGUUUUGUAUAUCAUAAAUUAUAAGCAAUAAACUGAUGAGGAGUGAA